AUGUCCCUCGCCGCCCGGGCAGCGCGGAGCUCCAUGCGGGAGCGCUCCAUCCGAGUGCUCGUGUCCCCGACGCCCAUGACCUUUGCCGAACGGCGCUCCGUCCUCCAGGUGCUCGAGCAGUUUGGCCGCGUCGACGUGUUUCGCAUGGCACCGGGCUAUCAUUCCAACUUUGUGUCCGUCACCAAAGAUGCCGCCACGGCCACCAGGCUCGUCGCCAGCAGCCCCCUUAUGUACAGGCUGCCUCAGCCUCGCGCGCGAGCCGAUGUCAGCAUUGCGGAUCUCGAGGACCCUCAGAGCCUUCAUGCAGACCAGCCUGCCGUCGUGAGCGGGCACGCGGGCGCCGCCGACCCCCCAGCCUCGACCGACACCAAUGCCGACCCUACCGAUGCGGCUGCCGACGCCAAAGAGUUCAAGCUCGACAUCUUCCCCGCGACCGACUACAACCACGCGUACGCCAUGUCGGGGUCCCCGCUGCACCAUACGUGGCCGGAGGCCUACGCCAAAGACCGCUCCCUCGUGGCAGCGACGCUGAAGCAGACCCUGCCCAAGACGCUGGCGGCCGAGGGUCUGUCCCACUGGCUGCCGCAGACUGGGCGCAGCCCCAAAAUGGAUCACAAGGCGAAACGGCUCCAGCUGAAGAGCUGGCUGCCGAGUAAGAUGAUGGUCUGA